GAGGAGAAGCCGAGGUAGCAGCGGAGGAAGCAGCGGAGCAGCAUCCCAGCUAGCCUUCCUCACCUCACCAACACCUCACCGCCGUCUGAGCAUCCUCCGAGAAUAACGGGAUAAAAGAUAAGAUGGCCACCUCCUCCUCCAAUCUGGAAGAAGAUGAGAGUUUGAAGGGCUGUGAAAUUUUCGUGCAGAAGCACAACAUCCAGCAGAUCCUCAAAGAGUGCAUUGUGAACCUCUGCAUCGCUAAGCCUGAGCGUCCUAUGAAGUUCCUGCGGGAGCACUUUGAAAAGCUGGAGAAGGAAGAAUGCAAGCAGAUCAUGGCGCGCCAGAAGUCCAAUAGCCAAUCAGAUUCCCAUGAUGAUGAAGUUUCCCCCCCACCGCCCAACCCAGUGGUCAAGGCCCGGCGCCGCAGGGGAGGGGUCAGCGCCGAGGUCUACACCGAAGAGGACGCCGUCAGCUACGUACGCAAGGUGAUCCCAAAGGACUACAAGACCAUGACUGCCCUGGCCAAGGCCAUCUCUAAAAACGUGCUGUUUGCUCACCUGGAUGACAAUGAGAGAAGUGACAUAUUUGAUGCCAUGUUCCCUGUCACACACAUCGCAGGAGAAACCGUCAUUCAACAAGGUGAUGAAGGAGACAACUUCUAUGUGAUUGACCAAGGUGAAGUGGACGUGUAUGUGAAUGGGGAGUGGGUAACAAGUAUCGGAGAAGGGGGCAGUUUUGGAGAGCUGGCCCUCAUCUACGGGACACCCAGAGCUGCCACUGUCAAGGCCAAGACUGACCUUAAACUGUGGGGUAUCGACCGAGACAGCUACCGACGCAUCCUCAUGGGCAGCACACUGAGGAAGAGGAAGAUGUACGAAGAAUUCCUUAGCAAGGUCUCCAUCCUCGAGUCAUUGGACAAGUGGGAGCGUCUGACUGUGGCUGACGCUCUGGAGCCUGUUCAGUUUGAAGAUGGAGAGAAGAUCGUGGUGCAGGGAGAGCCUGGAGAUGAUUUCUUCAUUAUCACAGAGGGGACAGCCUCAGUCCUCCAGCGUAGGUCUGACAAUGAGGAGUAUGUGGAGGUUGGACGCCUCGGACCCUCUGACUACUUUGGUGAAAUUGCCCUGCUGCUGAACCGUCCCAGGGCAGCCACUGUGGUCGCCCGGGGGCCGCUCAAGUGUGUGAAGCUGGACCGGCCCCGCUUCGAGCGUGUGCUGGGGCCCUGCUCAGAGAUCCUCAAGAGGAACAUCCAGAGAUACAACAGCUUCAUCUCUCUCACCGUGUGACCAGCAGGCCCCAGGGGGCCCCACCAGCAGGGGUGGGCGACAACAACAUGGGAGUUUUGGGGGGGCGGGAGGGAACAGGGUCGGGGGGACAGGGAACAUGGGGUUUUUCGUCCACGGCGACAGGGCGCUCGUUUCCCGCAUUUUUGUUCGUUUCAUUGCGCAUUUCUUUCUAUUGAUCUUGUGCACUUUGACUUGACCUGUGCUGUCACGUAGCUUUAUUUCAGAAUCAACAUGGAAACCAGAUAGAGGACAGAACUCAUAAAAAAUUCAUUAUGUAUAUGAGUCAUAUACAGUAUGUCAGCUGUAUAUGAUGCAUGCAUCUAGACUUACAAAGAAUGGCGGUUGCACUUUCAUGAAUUUAUGAAGGACGCGGGGUUAAUUUGAAUUCAGGAAAUGAGGAGGAAGUGAAGUCAUGUUUACGUACAGCGGGAGGAAGUGGGUACACAUUUCUUUGCUCGCUGGCUGUGGUUUGCCUUUUUGUUUUAUGUUUUUUUUUUUGUUUGUUGUUUGUUUGUCUUUGCUUGUGGGUUGUGGCUCGUCAUGCGUGGUGUCAUUUCUUGGUCAAAUCAGACCCACCACCUGACAGCACAGACCUUUGUUACUUAAAACCUAGAUGUAGAGGUAUGAAAAAAUAUAUAUUCUUGGCUGUUUCAUUCCUUUUCAGUGCUUUUUAAUUGUGCUUUUACAGCUGUUGUCAAAGGGGGCAAGGGGGUUGUUUGAGGCAGUGCUAUUUUGAAUAGAGAUUUUACUCCAGGGCAGCAUGGUCCAGGGGAUGACGUGACGAGUGGCUUGUGUUCGGAAGAGAUCCCCUCUAUCCCCUUAUUUCCUGAAACGUUUCAGUCCAAUAUGUGAACUGUCCUAAUCCAAAGGCGCAAUAUUGUUAGCAGUUCACUCCACAUAUACAGACACGCAACACACAAAGUCGGAAACACACUGACGUGAAAAGAUGCGGUCACACUAGUAUACACACAUUUACACACACAUACAUGCAUACACUGUCUCAGGACUAAAGAAAUCCUCAACACGUACAAAUGUCUUACCAGAUGCUUUUUUAAGCUGAUUUUGGUCUGUUACAUUGCUAGAUGAGAGCUUUUGCACCACUUCACCAGUUCCUAAAGUUGGGUUAGUGCAGCAGUUUGAUUCACUAGUUUUUAAGACAUGACUACAGCGUUAUAAAUGUGUAAGAGAAAGAGGUAAAAAUCAAAUUGUGUAGCUUUUCUUUGAUCUACUGUCAUCUGUUUUCAGAGUUGCACAAAUGACCCAACAACUGACAUUGUACACAUGGGACCUAAAAAGAGAAUCUGUCUAUAUUCUUCUCUCUCUCUCUCUCUCUUUCUCUCUCUCUCUCUCAACUUAUCAACCCAUCUUGAGCAAAUAAAGACAAGCUUCUGAAAUCAA